AGGAUGAGAUUGUCUCCAUGGCUGACUCAACCACCACCAUUGAUGACAUUGAAGGGGAGCUCUUCAAAAUCGAGAGGAUCAGGGAGAUCUUGGUGAGGAGGGAGUCAGAGCUGCGAUACAUGAUGGAUGACAUUCAGCUUUGUAAGGAAAUCAGCCGGCUGAAAAAGGAGCUUCAACAACUCAUCACGCUUCCAGAGAAUGAGAAGACCAACGAGGAGAGGCAGACGGAAGAGGAGCUGGUGCAGCAGAUACACAAGCUGGUGGAAACACGGGAUUUCCUGGUGGAUGAUGUGGAGUUUGAGAGGCUCAGGGAAAGGGAAGAAGACAAGGAAAUGGCAGAAUUCUUGCAAAGUAAGCUCUCCAAAAGCUACCUCCAGAAAACAACUCCUGCCAAAGAGAAGAUGACUUCCAGGGAGCAGCAAACCUCCGCACCGUACGUGACCAAAACGGGCCUCACCCUGCUCAAGGAGUGCUGUGGCUUCACCUGCUCCAUCAUGUAG